AUGCUUCGUCGUCAGAAGUACCAGGUCUUGCACCUCAGUAACAGCUCUAAGGUGAGCUUCUCCAUCAGGUGCCAGGAAGGAUUCAACGGGGGGCUACCGCAAUCCUUCCUCCUCGAAGUGACAGAACCCGGUUCUUCCAAGAUCGUCUGGAAUAUGACUUCGGCUGUUCCCAGGUGGACUGUGUUCGGGCUGCAGCCUGGCAUCAACUACGAAGCUCUGGUCUACAGCGUCAACGGGAAGGGAAGGAGUGAACCGAUGGUGUUACAAGCACCUACGAUGAGGUUACCGGAGAAGCAGCUCACAGCUGAGAGAGAGAGGCCAAGAUCUGGGUUCAAGAUGACACCAGUGCUGACGGUGGUGAGCGGCGUGGUGGGCUCGCUGUUCCUGGUGGCCUGCUUGGUGGCCGGCCUCCUCAGGCUCCAGUGUUCCAGGGAUGACAGACCGAGGGCCAAAGCAGAUCCUCCUCCAGCCAAACCUCUCGCCUCCUCGCCAAAGGGUGACCCACCUUCAGAGCCAGACGAGAGGAAUCCGGAUAUCAUACCUCAACCAAACUCAGGUGAGGAUUAA